AUGUCGAUUCUCUCGCUGGUCGAGGACCGUCCCACGCCGCCGCAGGUCUACAACUGGCGCAUCUACCUACUGGCCGCCGUGGCAUCAUGUGCCUCCUGCAUGAUUGGCUACGAUAGUGCCUUCAUCGGCCAAACCAUCGAGUUGGACUCCUUCCGCAAGGAAUUUCACUUUGCAGAAUGGUCCGACACCAAAAUUCGAGAGACCAGCUCGAAUAUCGUCUCCCUGUAUCAGGCUGGAGCAUUCUUCGGGGCCCUCUUUGCAUAUCCCAUCGGCUACUUCGUUGGUCGCAAAUGGGGCUUGCUUGCCGCCGCCUGUAUAUUUACUCUCGGAUCGGGGUUAAUGCUGGGUGCGAAUGGUGACCGCGGUCUGGGGCUCAUGUACGGCGGCCGGGUGCUGGCGGGCUUGGGUGUUGGGGCGGGGUCUAACCUCACUCCCAUCUAUAUCUCCGAGUUGGCACCUCCGGCCAUCCGUGGUCGUCUCGUUGGUGUGUAUGAGUUGGGAUGGCAAAUCGGGGGACUGGUGGGGUUCUGGAUCAACUAUGGCGUCUCGACGACUAUGGCGCCUAGUCACCGUCAAUGGGUCAUUCCCUUCGCCGUGCAACUCAUCCCAGCAGGUCUUCUGAUCAUCGGCGCUCUGUGCAUUCGCGAAUCACCCCGGUGGUUAUUCUCGCGCGGCCGCCGCGAGGAGGCCAUUCGAAACCUUUGUUGGGUGCGCCAGCUAGAACCCCAAGAGCUGUAUAUUGUCGAGGAGAUUGCUGGAAUUGACCAGGCACUUGAGGAGCAACGCGCGAGUAUCGGCAUUGGCUUCUGGAAGCCUUUCCAGGCUGCCGGAACAAGUCCCAAAGUGAUGUGGCGGUUAUUCCUCGGCUUCUCCCUCUUCUUCUGGCAGAACGGUUCAGGAAUCAACGCCAUCAACUACUACAGCCCAACUGUCUUCAAGAGCAUCGGUGUCCGCGGACAGACCAACUCGCUGCUGACCGGUAUCUUUGGAGUAGUCAAGAUGGUGGUCACCAUCAUCUGGCUGUUGUGGCUCAUCGACCGCCUUGGCCGUCGACGGCUGCUCAUCUGGGGCGCAUUGACUGGAUCGAUCUGUUUGUGGAUCAUCGGCGCCUAUAUCUACGUUGUGGAUCCGGCAAACAACCCCACGGGCGAGCUGAACUCCACCGGCAUCAUGGCCAUCUUCUUCUUCUAUCUAUACACGGCAUGCUAUACGCCUUCAUGGAACGGCACUCCGUGGGUAUUGAACUCAGAAAUGUUCGACCCCAAUAUGCGCUCCCUAGCCCAGGCAUGUGCCUCGGCGAGCAAUUGGCUUUGGAACUUUCUCGUUUCGUACUUCACCCUGCAGAUGUUCACCGCGAUGAAGUAUGGCGUGUGGUUCUUCUUCGCUAGUCUGAUGAUUCUGGCGACGAUCUUUGUUUUCUUCCUGAUCCCCGAAACCAAGGGUGUACCGCUCGAGGUUAUGGAUCGUUUGUUCGAGGUUAAACCGGUGUGGCGGGCCCAUGGCGCGGUCAUGACGGAGUUGCAACAGGAAGAUGCGGCCUUUCGCCAGGCGGUGCAGGAGUCCAAACUUUUUGAUGAGAAGGAGCAAGAGGAGCGGGUGGAAGGGCUUUAG